AUGGAAUACGAGACCAUCACAUCAGGGAGGGCAAAGAGAAGCACCGCGGGUAACCGCAUGCGAGAGCUGCUGGAGAAGGCGCACCAAGAGGAUGACGAUGAGCUGUUCCAAGAAGUCGAAGAUGACGAAGAAUUCGUCGCUCCUGUCGACCAACGCGAUGUCUACCUCGACGAAUUUGCGGAUACGGACGAUGAAGGUUCCGGCGACGACGAAGAACGCGCCCUGCAACGCGAAGAACGCCACGUCAAGAACAAAGAAAAAGGCAAAUCCAAAGCCCUCUACGACCCCCUCGCCAAACAGCCCAAGAAGAAGAAGAAGACCGCCAUCGAAGGUGCAGGCGAAUUUAAACAGUCUGAUCUCGACAUGCUCCGCGCGGAAGGGAUUGACCCUGCGACGAUGGCGCCGUCGACGUUGACUUUGGAGAUAAGGAAGAGGAGGAGGGAGAUGAAGCGGCAGGGUAGGUCGGAGGUGAGGAGGUCGAAUUUGAGGGCGUCGACGAUCAAGAAUGAAGCAGAGAUUAUCGAGCGGGAAAAGCUCUCUCUUCUCGCGCUCGAGCAGCCUGGGCGUAAGGGGCGUAAAUCGCAACAUACCACCGGGAUUCCCCAGCCGCACAAACGGAAAUUCACGCAAGACGAGCUUAUUGCAGAAGCGCUAGAAGAAGAAGAGAGGAAUAAGGAGGCGUUGAGGGAUUGGUUGAAGAAGGAGGAUGAGAAACGGAUGUUGAGGAAAGUGGGGAGGAAGAGGGUCAAGGGGCCGAGGUGGACUUGGGUAUCGAGGACGGUGGGCAAGUUGGUGGAUGAAGUGCCGGAAGCCGCCAAGGAUGUUGAAGAUGACCCGCCAGAGGGCGAGCCGAGUGAACCUCAAGAAGCUUCAAAAGCAGUCACGACAGAAGCCCCGAAGGCAGAACCCGAGAAACCUCCCGUCCCCAUCCUGUCCCCGUCUGAAAACGCCCCAUCUCAGUAUACUCGAAACUACAUCAUUCUCUCUCAAAUCCCCGGCGGCUUACCAGCCGAAUUUGGCCUGGUCCUGGGAGAUCAUGUAGCGUGGGACGAGCUCAAAGUGAUCCCGGCAAGAAACAGACCCAUCAAUCGCAUACCACCCCUAUGCCCCUUCACUGGCCUCCCAGCGCGAUACCGCCAUCCCCUAACGCUCACACCCUAUGCCAACGCCGAGGGCUACGCUGCGAUACAAGAUCUUUUGGCGGAGCGCUAUGUAUGGAAUGGAGAGGGGAUGUGUUGGAUGGGAGGGGAAGAGGAGCAGUGGGCGGAUGGGAUGGAAGAGGUUGAAGGGUGGGCGGAAGCUGUGGGUUUGGGGUGGAGAGGUGGGGAGGAGUUGGUGAAACGUGAGGUCGAGUUAAACGGGAAGAAGAGGGGGAGAGAGGGAGAACCAGCUCCGAAAAGAGGCAGGGGCAGGAGGAGAUAG